AUGCUGACAUCCUUUUUGGUGAUUGUUCACUGUGCGCUUGUUCAAAAUACAAUUUCAUUUUUUGGUUUAACGGAUGAUUUCGAAUUGGAUGGACAGCUUCCAAGCGUUACGUGUCGACAGUGUGUUCAAUUAUGGCAUAUGUUAGCUAAAGAUUCUCAUUCUACGUGUGGACCGCAUUCACGUACUUGUACGGGCAACGUUUGUUUUAUGAGACAAUGCAAAAAUUGUCCGGUAUACCAGUAUAUGGCCGGUUGUUUGACAUUAACUGAUUGGCAACUUACCGAUUUAACAUUUUCACGACAACGUGCUGAAUUACUUACGACACGUGUAGGAGCUACGCUUCUUUGUGAAGAUUCCGUGAAUCAAACGACCUGUGUUUGCAAUCGUAAAAAUAAAUGCAACGAUAUUCAUGCAAGAGCGCCAUUUUCAACGUAUAGUGCACCACUUUUCGGUGGUAUUAUAAAUUUUGAUGCAGUAAUCGCCAAAAUAGAUCCAUACUACAAUGAUAUGUUCCGAUCGAAGCAUAUAUCAAAGCAUUACACAACUGAUAUGGCUAUCAGGACAAUAUCUCUUCAAGCAUUCUUUCUAAAUUGCUCAGCGCUCCUUCUUUCAUUAUUCUUGCCUUUAUACAAUGGAUAUUUUGAUAUCUAA